GCACACGCGCUCACCACAGAAGCGCCAACGGAAGCUGCCAAAACCAAAAGAGACAGCAGUGUACCGUUUCCACGUUGAAAGUGUCGCUGUUGCACGCAGCUACCCAACUGGCAAAAGAUUUUCUUCCUCAAACUAGCCGAAAAGGCGGCACGCAUCGCUCUCAUAGCUUAUCGCUCAAGUUUCUUAUGCCCGUCCGCAUCGUAAAAUCCCCGAUAAAAACCGGAAUUCUAACGGUUAUUACGACGCUGUUAAGUGCUUCGGCAUUUCGCGUUUGAGCGCGUGUGUGCAUUUGUGUUGUCAGGGUAAUGCGUGAAUGUGUGUGCGGCUCGGUUGGCCAAAGUGGAUUAUCACCUGAGCCGUAGAUCAGUGCGUGAUCACAGACCGGUGAGCGGAUAGAGCGGAUAUUUGCGUACAGCCGCGGCGGCCUCUUCUUGCGGCGACGUGAAGACGCUGGCUGAUAUGCAUGGCGCAGCGGCGCUCACACUCACCGGCUGCCAACUAUCCGUCGCCGCGGCCCACCGCCAUCGGGCGCCAGUAUAGUGAUUCCUUCGCCCGCCCCGGCCCGCAGUUCAGUGAACCACUGGCGCAGUCCCCCGCCCUCGGCCGACAGUUCAGUGAUCCAAUCUCUUGGUCCACCGCCAGCGGGCGACCAUUCAAUGAGCCGAUAAGUCGCGCCUCCGCUGACACAGCCGGCUCGCCAGAGGGCGCCACCGCCUUUAACCUUCACGUGCAUUUCAGUCCGCACGGCAGCAGCGGUAGCAGUCGUCACUACGAAUACGAUCAGUCUCCAUCAUUCGCAUACCACUAUCCGCAGCGUAGUAGUCACUAUCAUAAUCGUAAUAAUAUGCCAUCGCCUCCAGCCACGUUCAACUCACCCUCACAGGUGAACAGCGCGGCCGACAAUGCUUUGACGACGGCUGGUGCCGUGCCGUUGUCGAUGCGGCUGUCCAUGCCAUUUCGUUCGGUGUUUUCGCGGGGAUUCCGGUCGGAUUUGUUGGAUUUUAACCACUUUGAUAACGUUUUCCGUCAGUUUGAUCAGCCGCUGAAUAGCAGUAGUGGUCAGACUGCAUUGUUUGAGGAUUACCGUCAUCCUUUCGCCUUUGACCAUAGUUUUGAUGAUGAUCCCUUCUUUAAUCCCGCCUUGAACCGAGAUCCCCCCUCCGCCGCCAUGCUGCACUCUCCCUCGACCACGCCCUUCCGCCGAGAUGUCACGCCCACUCCCUCGCAGUCCAGCCGAGUCAGUUAUUCCCGCAGCAGCAGCAGCGGCAGCACAGCCACCACCGGAAGUAGUGUGGUGCACACGGGGGGCGCCGGUUCCCCGCCGGGGGAGUUGGAGGACACUGUCCACCACAUUAUCCACUCGGAGCCGCCUGAUCAGCUGCAGCAGCGCGUUAAGAUCUUCAUUGCACAGGACCGGGCCCGCAGUCUGGACAGCAGUCACGGCCCGCCCGGAGCGGUGAGCGCCACACGGCAGCACUUUCCCAGGAUCUCCGCUCGGCUGCCGCAUGGAGGUAGUCUCAGCUUCUCCUUCUCUACCACCUCCACGACGAUGCACAUUAACAGCCCGGGCGGCAGCAACAUGGAGUCCGCACAGGUGCCGCCGCAUCCGCUGCUGACCCUGGAGCAGAAGCGGCAACUGAAGGAGCGCCUCCUGGCGCAAAAGAACGAGCUCAUCUCCGGCCCCAACACCUCCGCCACCAUUCUCACCUCCGAGCAUGAUCCUGGUGGUGGAACCGGUGCCGGGUCCCUUUCCCGUGGCGUCCCCACCUCUUCCGGCAGCGGUGGAGGUGCCGGCGGUCCGGCCACCGCCAACUCGGUGGCCGAGCGGGUCAUGUGGUUUGAGGGCUUUCCGCAGCUGCAGAUCAGCCACCAGCCGGCCAGCCGCACCCAUCGCUCGGCGGCGCACAUUGCUCUGCACAACUGGAAGAUGGCCAAUCAGGGGAUGAUGAUGGAGGAGCGGAUGGGCAGUCCCUUUGGACAGGGGUUCGCGCGACCGCCCUCGGUGGAACGGGAAAUCCCGAUCAUCCGGGAGACCGACAGCGUCAAGCCUAAUAGCAGCGCCAUCUCUAUCACACUGGAGGCGCCCUCUAAGCAGAGCGCCCGCAUUACCAGUCCCCCACUGCCUGUGGGCAGCCAGGAUAUCCUUCCGCCCUCCAAACCCGGCAAUCAUGCCCUCAGCACCGCCGUCAUCACCCCUCAAAUGCCGGUCCUCACCGAGAUCCCCUCGCCCCGUGGCUCCGCCCAAACCUUGGCGUCCCGCAAAGAUAUCGACCUCAGGGAGACCGAACGCAUCAUCCCGACCAUCCUGCCCUCACCCGAGCCCAAACCGGUCGACCGCAAAUGGUUCCGAGAGUCAAAGGAAACAGCGGCGGCGGCCCCGGAGACCCCCCGAGAGGGAGCAGCAGGUGCCUUUAAAGCCCCGACGCGCAGUGAGGUGCAGCGAGCUUCCGAAAACAUCAUGCGGGCUCUGCAAAACGGCAUGCGCAAAGAAGAGAAGAUGAAAGAAAAGGUUAUUGAGCCGUUGCCGUUGGCAAUGCCGGUCAAGAAGGCCGCCAGUCCACCUAAGGUUACUUCGCCCACCACCACAGCACCGCUGGACAUCCCGCAAUUCCACUACCCCCGUGGGCGACCGACCACUAAGGCCGAUAGCGAGUACGUCUUAAUGGAAAAGGUCAAGAAGGCUUUCGGUGGGAAGACAGAGCUGAAGUUGGAGGAUAUGAAGGAACUGAUGCAGGUCCUGGGACUGCCGUUCUACUGGCGGAGGCUGCUUUUCCUGGCCGCCCUGGGUGGGGAGGCCAAGGAGGAGCCCGCCGUAACCUUUGAUAUGAUAUGGAACACCUGGAAAAGGAUAACGGCCAACUGCUAUGACGACGCGUCGCGAUUCGUUAGUCUGCUAGCCAAACCCGGUUGUGAUUAUCUGCUGCCAAAUGAUUUUGUACCCCUCAUUCAGGAUGUGGUAGAUACGCAUCCUGGCUUGAACAUUCUCAAGGAAGCCCCCGAAUUUCACGCUCGCUACAUUAAUACUGUGAUUGCCCGUAUCUUUUUCUGUGUGAACCGCUCAUGGUCCGGUAGUAUUACGAUUGAGGAGCUCCGUCGCAACAAUUUUCUGCAGGUGCUGGCGACGCUGGAUUUGGAAGACGAUAUUAACGUGAUAACGGAAUAUUUCUCUUAUGAGCACUUUUACGUCAUUUAUUGUAAAUUCUGGGAACUGGACCGCGAUCACGACCUGCUGAUUGAUAAGGCCGAUUUGGCCCGCCAUAAUGACCAUGCAAUUUCCUCCAAGAUGAUUGAUAGGAUAUUUUCGGGGGCGGUUACGAGAGGUAGCAACCAAAAAGAAGGGAAGAUGACAUAUUCGGAGUUCGUGUGGUUUCUCAUCUCAGAGGAGGACAAGCGGCAUCCGCGCAGUAUUGAAUACUGGUUCCGUUGCAUGGAUCUGGAUGGGGACGGUGUGCUGUCCCUGUAUGAACUGGAGUAUUUCUACGUGGAACAACUGCAGCGCAUGAAAGCAUUGGGCAUCGAGGCGCUGCCCUUCGAAGACAUCGCUUGUCAAAUGUUAGAUAUGGUGCAUCCCAAGCACAAGGAGAAGAUCCUGUUGACCGAUCUGAAACGCUGCCGUAUGACGCCCUUGUUCUUUGACACCUUCUUCAACAUUGAAAAGUACCUCCUACACGAACACCGGGAUCCAUUCGCAUCAGCCAAGGUGGACAGUGAGGACAACGAGCCAAUCAGCGACUGGGACCGGUACGCCGCCGAAGAGUACGAAUUGCUGGUGUCGGAGGAUGCCGCUACGGAAGAUCUGUAAAGAAAAAGUCCUUGACUGGCCGAUUGUCAUUGUGCCUGAAAAUGGUUAUAUUAAACUAACUUUGUUGCGCGUUUGUAUGAUAUUGACCACUUGUUGAAAAGCGCUGGUGUUGCCGCUCUGGCCGGUGUACAGGGAAAGCGCUUCGUUCAUUGGAAAUACGAGUAAUAUGCGUUGAAUUGUGUGAUACGUGCUCAAACCGGUUAAAUUUAGUGCCAUUUUUUCUUUGCAGACAUUUUAUGCUUUUGACCAGUUUUGCUGUUAUAUCCAACAAGAAAAAUCGAUGGUGUAACCACAAUAAAAUAUGAUUUCAG